UGUCCUUUGAGGUGUAUCUUCCUCACCUUUUAGUGCAACUAGCGGAGCUUCUAAGAGUUCUCCUGUAAUAGAGCUUGCCAUCAAUAGGAAUCAAUAUAUAUAUUUUCUUGAAGCCGAGAUCAAAUACCUUUCGAGGAAACUCCAUAUCCCAUCCAUGCAUUUGAAGGGGAAUAAAUUCUUUCUGUCAUACAUACUACUUGUUUUGCUCGUACAUGAAAAUACAGUAACUGAAUUAGGGCUGGUAGUUUAUCUGUGCAGUUCUUGCGGUACCAAGAUAUUGCAUCGGGAUCGUUAGAAGAAAAUGGGUAGUGAAGGAGGUGCGAUCGAGAAGCAAACCUCAGCAGCUGCUGGGAAUCCCGCAACAUCUUCGUGCAGGAGAAAGAAGUCUGAAAACGCUACUUUUGUAGAGGAUGUGCGGGAUCACAUUGACGAAUUCAUAAAUGCUUCCAUGGAUGAACACAAGACUUGCUUCCAGAAGACUAUCCGGAAGAUGUUUGGAAUGUCGAAAGUAGUUGCCGAAAGGAAUGCUGAAGUGAAGGAGGUUGAAAGCUCACUUCCUCUCCGAACAGUGGUGUCUGAGUAGAAAAUUUCCCGGCCUUUUCUCAAACAAUUUCAACUUCAAAGGUUCUUGAAAUAGAAGGUGGUUUUAAUUUCCUCCCAUAAUGUAAACAAACAAAUUUUACAGGGUGUAUUCCAUCAAGACUUUUAUAUACUUUUAACAGAUGAAUUUUACAUGAUAUAACUAAUAAAAAUAUUUUUUUGAACUAAUGAAACACAACUAGUUUGCCAAUAAAUGUUUAAUGAUUUUACAA